AAAUGGAUCAAAGCAAUUCAUUGCUGAGGCACUGCAAAUUGUCAAGGAUUGGAAUUCAGAAUGGAAACCAACUUUCUUUUUCACUGAGUUCUGUGAUGAAAUAAAUUCACUAAAGGAAACAUUUCCAGGGAAACUUUCAAAUGGUCCAGAUCAUCCAAAUAAUGUUUUGAAUGCUGAAGAUAAAUUGCAAGAAAGUUUGGAAAGAUAUCACUACAAAGAGAUGUUAGGGUUUAUAAACAAUAGAAAUUCAAACAAGAUACGAUAAUUGAGGCGUGUGGUGACAUAGGGAGCUAAGCGCCACCCAGGUCGAAAUUGAGUUAAGUACAUCAUGUUCUUCCCCAAAGCCUCUACUUUCCAAGGAUGUAACUGCCAGAACCAUCCGACAACUACAACAUAGUCGAAAAUCGCGGGAAAGAGAAGGGUAUAUCGCCCGCGGCGUAUGAAGGUUUGUCAUGGCGCGCCGGGUCUCAACCCAGGAACUAAACGCCAGAUUUUCUCUUGUCCCACAUUGAAGUGGGAAGCAGAACAAAGUACCAUUAUAGCAUUAUCUUCUCCCAAGCCUCUAGUUCCAGAGAUUGUAACCGCCAGUACUAAACGCCGACACCAACAAGGUCGAAAAUGACGGAAAAGAGAAGGUAAAAUCGCCCUUAACAUGUGCGGGUCUGUCGCGUCCCCAGUGAGUCAGGAGCGGGAACUAAGCGUCAUGUUAUUGUUAUGGUGUUGGUGGUAAGGAUGGCCGCCCGGGCUGACCAAUGGCAGCCUGUCUACAGUACCGCCUCGGCAAAAUUGGGCCAAUUAGAGCUCGCCAUUCUUCCCUCACCCUCCCUCCUCUCUCCCAGCCAGUCUCCACGCUAAACCCACGCGGCGCGCCUGGAUUAUUCUUGUCCGUGUAUUUUCCUUUUUUUUUGUGUUUACGCUUGGAUUAUUACCUUCUACACUACAAUGGCAUCAACCAGCGGUGAGGGGGAUGUGCAGGGGCAUAACUUAGUGGUGAAAACAGGGCGUAAUCCAAGUGAAUGGAAGAAAAACACAGCAAAACGGAAGCGUAACAGUGGUGAAGAGUAUGAGAGUAGCGUCACUAGAAAAGUGGUGAAAAAGAAGGAAAUAGGAGCACCCUGUAGGGAUGGUUGUUUUGAAAAGAUGGGAAUGAAUAAUAUUAAGGCUAUUCAUGAGUCAUUUUGGGGUUUGGGUGACUUUAAUUUGCAGAAUGCCUUUAUUCAAAAGUUUUGUGUAAAAGGUGUGGUGAAGAGGCGCCGUGUUCGAGUGCGUGGUGAUGCUCCCCCUAGGCGUUCGUGCACACGUUCUUACUCAUUCUUGUGUGGUGAUAAUGUUAUUCCUGUGUGUGCUACCGCAUUCCGUAGUGUGUUAAGUAUCUCUACCAAGAGAUUACACACUGCUGUUGAGUCUGUGACUCCCACAGGCACGCCUCGUGUGGACCGACGAGGCAAGCACGUGCCCAAGCACGCCAUGCCUGCUUCAAGGAAGAACCUUGUAGAGCAGCAUGUGAAGAGUUUUCCUACUGUUUCUAGCCACUAUACACGUGCUAAGUCACCUCUAAUGCGGUACCUGGACACUGAUAUGACGCUGAAGAAGAUGUUUUUCCUGUACAAGGAGUGGUUGUUCGACACCAACGAGGACGAGGAACCUGUCAAGUUCUCUUAUUACAAGAAAGUUGUCCGUGGGUAUCGUCUAGGUUUUAAGCCCCCCAACACCGAUACCUGUUCAAAGUGUGACAGGUACGAGGUCAGCAAGAAGGAUGCGAGCACAGAAGAGGAGGCUGUACGUAUACAGGCUGACUGGGACGACCACCUGAGCUUCGCGAAGGAGGGAAUGAAGGCCAUGAAGAAGCUGCAGGAGGACGACGACCCCAACACAAGCAAUCGCAAAGAUCCAGCAUCAGAAACCACAAUGUCGGAUAACAGGAAUUCAGUGACAGUAGAUGGACUUGAAAUUAAGAGGAGAGUGAUACAUAUUUCACAAACUGACAGUGACAUAAUGGAAAGAGUGGAGGAGAGAGAGGAUGAUUUGAUUAUGUGUAAGAUAAAGGAUGAAGUGACCGUUAAAGAAGAAAGCAUAGACGCAGAUGUUGAAAGAUAAUUCAUACACAUAUGAAAAUUGUGAAGACCCAUUAUUAACACUUGAAUGUAAGAGUUUGUGGGGAAGUGUUUGUGACAAUUAGUGAUUUGGAGACUCACACAAGAAACCAGCAUGGCUCAGGAAAGCACCAGAAACGGGGCCAGAAACGCAAAGAACGUAAAGAAAGCCAGCCUGAGGGACUGCAUGGUCGUGGAAGGGCCUCUCGUGAUGAG